CAAAGCAUUACCCAUUUAUUUUCUUCUGGAAUUGCCGAGAUAAUCUUAACCACGAACGCUUAUCAGCGGUGACCCUCAAACUCACCUCCGUAACAGAAAUUCAAACGAAAAGGCCAAGAACAAGGGAAAAAAAAAUGCUCCUCGGCUACCCUUCUUCAGUUUUUACUAUACACGGAACCUCAAUUUCCACUCCAAGGAAUUCCAAAAGAUCUCCCUCUAUCAUAACCAACUCCACCGCCACCGACAGGACCGCGGCUCCACCGCGGCGGAGACCUAUGUCCGCCUUCGAAGCCCGAGUCUCUCUGGUCCUCGCUCUCGCUUCCCAAGCCUCCGCUCUCUCCCAGAGACGUACAUUCUUAGUCGAUACGGCGACCGAAGCUGUGAAAUACGUGUUCCCGAAAAGGUUCGAGAGUCGGAAUCUCGAGGAGGCUCUAAUGGCAGUCCCGGACCUAGAGACGGUGAACUUCACUGUUUUGAGCAGGACAGAACAGUACGAGAUAAGGGAAGUUGAGCCUUAUUUUAUAGCGGAGACAACAAUGCCUGGGAAGACUGGAUUUGACUUCAAUGGAGCGUCUCGAUCAUUCAACGUAUUGGCCGAGUACCUGUUUGGUAAGAAUACGACCAAGGAGAAAAUGGAGAUGACUACACCUGUUUUAACGCGUAAGAACCAAUCUGUUGGGGAGAAAAUGGAGAUGACAACUCCAGUGAUAACAAAGAGGCUGGAAGAUCAAGAUAAGUGGCAGAUGUCUUUUGUCAUGCCCUCAAAGUAUGGUGCCAACUUGCCAGUGCCAAAAGAUCCAUCCGUGAGGAUCAAAGAAGUUCCAAGGAAAAUUAUUGCAGUUCUUGCCUUUUCAGGCUUUGUGACCGAUGAAGAAGUUAAACGGAGGGAGGCAAAGUUAAGAGAAGCUCUGAAAACUAAUAGACAGUUUCAAAUAAAAGAGGGUGCUUCAGUGGAAAUUGCACAGUAUAAUCCACCAUUUACGCUUCCAUUUCAACGCCGCAACGAGAUUGCACUGGAAGUAGAAAGGAAAGAAAAUUAGCAAUAGAGCAAUUGUAGAAUCUUGAUGUAUACUGAAUUUACACCCUUUAUGUAAAGUAAACAAAAUCAACAUGCAUUCAGGUCCCAUAAUAUAACAUCAUACAUGGUUGAAUUGAUACUUCUGAUUUGUAUAUCUAUUGACAUAUCCCUCUCAGUA